AUGUCGGCCUCUGACUUUUCCGCCUCCCUCAUGUUGGCGGGGAUGGACUACAUCGCCCCGUCAGAGGCAUGUACUCUUCCGACAAGGCUGCAACGUGGAACGGACGGCUCCGUUCAACGUCAUGCCUCUGGUAGUGAGGUGGUGAAGAUAACACUGCAGGACUGCUUGGCAUGUAGCGGGUGUGUUACGACGGCGGAGGCGGUACUCGUGACUUCUCAGAGUCGUGCUGAGAUUAUUAAAACUCGUGCGGCUAAUAAAGAUCGCCCUUUUCUAGUAACUGUGAGUGAUCAGUCAGCCGCCUCUAUUGCAGCCCACUUGAAAAUUACUACGCGAAGGGCCUUCUGCAUCAUUAGCGGUUUUCUGCGCACUGUCCUACAGUCACAGUACGUCUCAGAUCUUCGAUGGGCGCAACGUAUUUCGGUUGAGAAGACAGCCCAGGAGUAUUGUCAUCGAUUACAGCAUGCAAGAGAGAAGUUACCCAUGAUUGUAUCAGCAUGUCCGGGAUGGGUUUGCUACUGUGAGAAGCAGGGGUCUUCGAUUCUUCCCUUGCUGUGCCCAGUGAUGUCGCCGCAAGGAAUCGCAGGCUGCUACGCCAAAAAAAUUUACUCACAGUUAUGUCACGUCUCUGUUCAACCAUGUUUUGAUAGGAAACUGGAGGCAGCGAGGGAUACUUCCCUUGGUGGUGGUGAAAGAUACACGGAUUUUGUACUGAGCACCCAAGAGCUUCUGGAAUGGAUGAUGGAGACGGAUGAAUCCAUUCCUUGGGAAGCUCCGUUGGACUCCAGUUUUGAACCUCUUCCUGAUCCGUCACUGAAGGAGUCGAAUACCGCACUUGCAGCAACUAUGGAAGGAAGUGGAGGCUACCACCGUUUUGCAAUGCAAUACGUGGCUGAAAAAGUACACAACAUGCCACUUUUGCCUGACGACAUCCUGUAUGAAAUGAGGCGGAACGUCAAUCACCAUGUAGCAACAAGCCUCAGCAACCCCGGUGAGGCAUAUUGUGUCGCCUACGGAUUCCAGCAUAUACAAAACAUUGUACGGGGCUUGAAACGCAAGUUGGCAUCAGUGGCAUCCUACACAUUUAUUGAAUUGAUGGCGUGUCCAGACGGCUGUCUCAACGGUGGCGGGCAGGUGCGGAGUGGCAAUCUGGCUUUCAAUCUGGAAACGAUUACCGCUGUCAAGGCCACUUUUGGAAGGUAUGUGUUCCCCCACAGAGAGCAAGAGACUAUAAAAGCGGAAUCGAGAGGAGAUGUGACGGAUGCCAUUGCUAGCACAGAGAGUGAACCACCUUGCUUUUCCCUCGCUGCCUUUAGGGCGGUGGAGAAGAAGAUCGGAGCGCCUCUCUGGAGCUGCGUUUUUCAUGAUCGCCAAAAGGAGUUUGAGGAGACAUUGAACAGUGGGGGUGUGCAGAGCCUGAAGUGGUGA